AUGCCGAAUACUACACCAACUACCGCCCACGAUGUGAUUUGGUUCGUCCCCAACUUGAUUGGAUACACGCGAGUGAUCAUGGCAUUGGCAGCCUUUGCACUCAUGUGCAUCGAUGGAAGCACCUAUUGGCUGUUGGCAGUACUGCUCUAUAUUGGUAGUUUUGUCGGUGACUUGUUUGAUGGAAUGGCGGCACGGAAACUCGAUCAAUGCAGCGUCAUGGGUGGAUUACUUGACAUGGUCACGGAUCGAUGUGCCACACUGGGAUUCCUCCAUGUUCUCAGUGGGGAUUAUGCCACGGUUGAUCAACAAUUGCAGUUCCCAUAUUAUCGAUUGCUCUUUUUAUUCCUUAUGAUUUUGGAUAUCAGUUCCCAUUGGUGUCAAAUGUACAGCAGCUCUCUGGUCAAAGACGGUGCUCAUCACAAGAGCGAUGAGGGCAACGAAGGACGACAUUUUCUAGUACGAUGGUUUUACAAGUACUAUUGGUUCUUUGGAUAUCUAUGUGUCGGCGCGGAAUUCACUUACAUUUGCCUCUACGUCGUACGGCAUGCCCCUCCAGAGUCGAUCAUCUACAAAGCUGCCUUGGGGGGCCUCUACAGUUGCAUUCCGGGAUGCGCGGCCAAACAAAUGGUCAACUUGAUGCAACUCACUUCGGCAUGUCAUAUCGUCGCACAGCACGAUGCCAAAGAACGGAAUCAAAGACGAGGUACGAAAGAAACCUAA